AUGGCUGGCGGGUACCAGCUGUGGGCACCCCGCUCCCCUCUGGAUGAGUCCCUGCGGUGGCUGAGGGGCCCGGCCCCUAGAGCCACGUACAGCACCAGGCCCCCCUUUCCGAGGGGCCGGAGCCCGGAGUCUGCUGUUACAGCCACUGACUUGGAGGUGCAGCUCUGCUUCCAGGGCCUGAGCCUGGUGCUGGAGCCAGGGGUCAAGGGGGCAACCGGACCCACCUUCGGAGCAGCCGGAGAGGCCCGUGGGCAGGUGGCUAGGGUGCAGAGGCCUCAGGCGGUGCGCCUGCGAGGGCUGGACACGGUCUUCGGUCGAAGGGUGACCGUGCGGGCUCCCCGCUGGACUGGCUCCCUGAGGGCCUCGGAGCCGUCGGCCUUCCGUCCAGUGGUCAGUUCUCGCCAGCGCUGGCCCCGUGGACUCCGGGAACCACAAGCCCACAUGGCCACCAGUCUCUGCCGACAGAUGCUGCGCGCCAUCCUCCUGCUCUACGCCGCCUACAAGAAGUGCGCCUGGGCUCUGCAGCACUCCUGCUGA